ACCGCUUUCACGAUUUCCAUCAGCAGCAACCACGGAUGAGUAGGCGACGUGUAACUACAAAGGGCGCAACUACAUGAUAUUGUCAAUUUUUCCGGUUUCUUUGCAGUGUUUUCAAUGGGUCUUGCUUGCCCUCUCGCCGCUCACGAUUCCUGACUAUCUAGCUUCCGAUUAAACACACACGAAUACGAUACUUGAAUGUCCAGCCCGCGACGUGCAACGACUCCUCAUCAAGUCCCGUCUUCUGCCGCCAAGAUGAAGGCCGAGAAUUGACCAACUGGAACACAUGGAACCGCUCAGAGAAAAGGUCAAGCAUCGAGGAUCCACGUCUCCAUGGCGCUGCAUCAAACCUCGGCCAACCUCGAUCGAGCAUUUGGGAUCUUCCUCUUGUCUCACCACACCCUCUUACAUCCUAUCUCUCACAAGCCUCACGUUUCCCUCAUCACUGGUUGUGUACGGUGAGGCGACCAGGGGUUCGCAUUUCACAGCGUUUUCACUCAGGUCCUCUUCACCCCUCACAGGGCCAAAACUCUCGAUAUCAGUCAAAACGGUCCAGGCGAUCAAUUUCCCCUUUCUCGCUACCCUGCAUCCACGAUAUGGCAAGGAUGCCAAUUGAUGCUGAUGGAGAUGAUCAAGCCUCAACCGGCUUACAUUCAGCGGUGUUUAUGCUGUUUUCAGUCAAGUUAUCCGUCUCUUUCACACAUUGUCGGCUGCGGGAGCCGCACCUAUUCACUUCAUGUUAUGGCUAACAAGCCACUCUCAAUGGGCCAUUGCACAUUCGCAAACUACCAGAUAGGUCAGGUUGGGUAUUUGACCUUGCAUUCCUGUCGAUCCUCAGACCACUUUUGCAUUUUAGCCAUGUUGCCCAGUGGCAUCUUGUUGGGGCUCCUGUCAAUCGAUAUCCCGUUUCGUUAUCCAAACAAGAGGGUGUGCAACUCUGAGACAACGGCCACGGCAAAGCAACCACCUGAAAGGUCGAAAUUCAGUCACUUCACGAUGUUCGGCCAGCUCUUCCCUGUUUCUACACGCAUCCACUUAGUAUAUCGUUACAAGCAAGUGAUGCUCGCGGUCUCGAGACAGUGUCUCCUGAGCGGAUUUCAGAUUUGCCCAAUUUAAUAUUCCCCCAACACUUAACUUAUACGUUGCCUCGAUACUCCCUCGGCUGGUUGUUUCGGCGGAUCUCGUGCCAAGGGACAAGCAUAUGUAACACCGCUGAACAGUGACCGAAAACGGUGGACGGCCCGAUGCUCUCAUGUUAUCCCGCGUUCUCUGCCGGUUUUGCCGUCUUUCGGGAGAAUGCAGCAUACGGGCAGGACCCCAAUGCCCCGAACUCCUAUCCAGACUCCAAUCAGGGACUUAGUUUUGCCCGACCAACACGGCCCAGGGGGCCCACAUUGUCGGCCGGGCAGCCGCGUCGCCCGUGUCGCCCGCCUCGCCGUCUCUUAAACGGUCCGAAACCAGCCUUCACCAGCUCACUCAUAUUGUCCGAAUGGCACCUACCUUGUCCCAAGUAUCUGUGGCUGAUUGUCGUUCUCCCUGGUGUUGCCGGUUUCCCCGACCAACGACCCUUUCAAGGGUCGGGUCUGUGAUCCUUUUCCCAGAUUUGUUGACGGCCUGCCAGGUUCACUGGCUUGAAACAUAAAAUCAAGUCGCGAUGGAACGCCGGAAGGUUGUGGGACCCUAGUAAGAGCACUGGCGAGCUUGGCAGCCCUUUGGUUAGUUUCUUGAGCCUUGAGCCAUCAAAUCUACCACCAGGUUGAUCAAAACCCCACAGUCUUAUUCUUUAUGAGCUUGUUGUUCGACCUAGGUAGAGGAGGAGGUAGCUUCGGGCGCUAGGUUCCGUCAAGGACGCCUUUGUCCAAACCAUACAUUUUCGGUGGUACCACUGCCAUGCUUGAUUAUUUGCAUGCGGUUUACAGUUCCGGAACGCACCACUCGCCAGUCACGAUUGUUGCUUCAACGGUUGAAGUUGACCGACGAAGGAUGGAGUUGAUGGAGCCGAUAGGUAACUGGACCUGGACGCGCUACUAUACACGUGUACCCCGCAAAUUGCUGAUCUACCCCGGACUUACAACUUCCUAUCUGUGGGGGAAUGGGGUCUGCUGGAGAUCAAAGUGGAUUCAAACCUCGACGCAUAACCUGCUUCAUUGGUUUGAUGAAGCGACCAUGAAGAGGAGUUGUGCAGGCAUGGGCUGACACGUGGAGGAAAUCAAGUUCGAUUCUGGACAUGUUGGGAUCUAUCUCAAUGUUCACCUUGCCAGAUUAUGUACGUCGGCUGUAGCCCGUGCAAAUGUUACUUCUGGAGGCUUCAGCAGUCACAGAAGGACAUGUCUCUUUUCUCUUAAAACAUCACAAAGCCACGUCGGUUGAAGGGCCACGCUGUAUUUUGAGACAUGUGUUUUCGGCUAAUGUGCUGCUUAGGACAACCGGAAUUGUACUUUCGAAGAGGCCUCCGAAAAGCAUUAUGAAGAGGCAUUCGGAUAUGCUUAUUUUGAAAUCAGGAAAUUUGUGAUAUCCCGUCCUUCCCGCAGCGUUUCGUAACAGCCAAGCCCCGAUACAUCGGAGUCAUCGCAAUUGUAUGCAAGCCUCUCGUUCCAUUGGUCUCUCCGCGCCGUCGCAGGGCUUCGAACUCCGCCGUACCGUUUUCAUGGCGUGAUUCAGAAGGUUUGGGACGUGAUAGUGUCAAUCAUCUUCAGGGAUUUCUGCAUUCCUGACGGAUAUCACGGCAUAUGGUCCUUUCUUUGUCAGCUUGUGGCCGUGGCAGGUUUUAGGUACUCUGUGAGCUGUAUCUUUGCGUUGCGGAAACUUCAUGUGCGUGGGUCAAAUCAAGGUCAUCGUGAUCUGCCCCUGGGAUAGGAUUCUUCAUGAUCUGGACAGGUUACCACAUGGUCUGCAGCGGGGCGCUUCAAAAUCUCGUGGGAUGGUCAUCUCUGGUAUGACUGGUGGAAUCCUCUCUGCUGAAGAUCAUCGACUGGAAUCAAAGACAUGAGUGGGGAAGAACACAGUGGAGGGUGUGAAUGAGACAGAACGAACACGCUCGAUGAUACUUUCAAACAUGUGAAGAGACGAAGGCCAUCUUGGUAUAAAAUCAUGUCAGCGUGAUGGCUAUCUCAAACCAGACUCGGCGUUCUCUUCAUGAGACGGACGGAACUAAAAUCUCAUGCUUUUCAGUUUGAGCAGCAGCUAGGAUCAAAUGGAUAUUAGUGAGUUUGCUCUUCACAACAUCCUGUCCUUCGUGUGACAAUCCCGUUGAGUUACACUGUCUUGCACAGCGAGGCGCACGUCAGAUGUUUGUAGUAUUUUGGGUUUGUUCACCGACCGUUGGAUUGAAAACUUGACUCAGCACCAAGGGUCAGCAGCCAUUGUCGCGAUUGAAGAAAUUCAUUUGGGAUUGCUUGCGAAUGCCUUCUAGGUGGUCUCCUUAUACUUGAUGGAAACAUGGCGAAAGUGAUAUAUCGAUACUUACGUCAGACGUCUCAGCUGAGUUGAGGGAUAACUACUUACUGUUUCCACCACACCGGGCUUACUGUCGUCGCCUAAAUGCCAGGUGCUCUUCACUCGCUCAGCUCAAACAGUCCCGCCUGUCACUUACAACUUUAGCGUAUCGCGCUUCAGCCGCUUGCUGCUGAAUCCUCUCGUACAACAACAGGAACAGACCAAGUCGCACUUGCUACCCGUAUCGCGGACUGACUUGUGUCACGGACUUGGUUCAACAUGACGUACCGGCUCGCGCUUGAGCGCUGGAGAUCAGACUACCUACCUCCCAGGUCAGUAUCAGAUGAGGGGCUAAAAAAUAAAAUCACGACUGUCGUUGCCAGGAGCGAUUUGAAGGAAGCAUGUAAGACCUGGGGACUUGGCAGCUGCCUAUCCGAACGAUUGGAUUGGGGGUUCAAAAGGCGCAGCAACGACACACUUGAUGACGGUUCGCAAUCACGACGGCCACGUAUAAUCUUACAUUCCAAGCACUUGCUUGCUAUGAACGCCGUUCAUUUGAACUACAACCAGGGGCCAUACCUGAAGUGAUUCUACAUUCUUAUACAGUCCCUCCAGCCAAUUUCACCAUCUGAAACUAUCAUCGAACCUCAGGCACUCGACCUGAAAAGUCCCCGACUGAGCCAACAAGAUUGAAACGAACAGACCGAACGAAACAUACUAUCACCGAAAAUGAGAUCAUUCACUCACCUUAUUACCGUCCCUCUGGCGUUAGCCACGCAAGCCCUUUCUCAAUCCCUCCCAACGUCAACAGUUACCGCGACUGCAAGUGGUAGCAGCAGCAGCAGCAGCAACAGCAUUAUCACCACCCCACUGACCAACCCUCUCCUGCCAACAAGCGACAGGCCCACGCCCGUCUCGGAGUGUCCCAUCAUCAUCUCGACCGCCAGCGUCUGCUCGACCUGCAUGACGAUCGACUGCGUGACCGUGAGCACCGUCACGGCAGGUUGUACGUGCGCGAACCCGCCCAUGACGGUUUACCAGUCGUGGGGAUGCGAGAAGGGAUGUGAUGCGUUGCCGUCCGGAUGUAAGACGUUGUAUGAGGUUGUUUCGGAGGAGGCGGGGAAGUGCUCGGGGGGUGAUUUCGGAAACGGUACAGCGACGGUGGCGGCGGCAAGCAGCACGGUCAUGUCAUUCUCGAGCGGUGGUCCUCUUGGACCGGUCAAACCUACGAUUUCAGGCCCGAUUAGCAUUAAUGCUGCUGGACGGCAGGCAAUGAUGCCCUUUAGGUUCUGGUGAGGGGGGGGAGCAAGCAGAGAAGGACCGAUCCAAUCGGAUGGUAUCAGUUUAGGGCGUGGUUCAAGGGGAAGUCAAAUGUUCAAGAUGUAAUAUUAUUACAGGGAAAGUCAGGCUUGACUGACAAAGUCGGAAUAAAAGAGGGAGAAUGUUGUUAGGUUGAGGGAGCAUGUCCGGACCCAGCCGAGAACAUAUUCUCUUAAGGUGUUAAGACACAGUCUUUUAGUGAUGGAGG